UUUCCCGCGCGCUGUUGCGUUGUACUGUGUCCACAAACGCGAAAACACCAAACCGUGAAGAUGGCAGGAAUCCUGGACGUCCCCAAACCGAGAAUUAACUGUUCCAUGCUGUCACAGAACAUCAACAAACCCGUCUGUUUCGUAGGAAGAGUGGAAAAGGUACACCCAACAGGAAGGACGUUCACUUUGUCAGAUGGAGACCGAUCGAUCGCAACGGUUGAGCUGAACGAACCACUUGAAGAGGAGCUGACCGGAGUUGUGGAGGUCAUUGGCAUGGUGUCCAACAAAGGUGUGAUCAUGGCUUCAACAUACAACAUGCUGCGAGAGGACAAAGGCAUCGCUUUUGAUUUAGAGCUGUACAAUGAAGCUCUAAAGGUCAUCCAUGAUUUCCCUCAGCACUACCCGUUUGCAGUGGCUGCCAGUGGAUGAAGCUCAGCAUGUCAAAAUGUUUGUUUACUAAAUCUCCUCAGUUUAAAUGUCCUGAAUUUGUUUUUCAUAUGCUCUUAUUGGAUUAGAUGUGUACAAAAGAUAAUCUGUUAUAUCUUGUAAGUUUUUGUCAAUAAAAUCAAAGCUAGUUUAAAAUGAA